AUUGCAGGUUUGUCACAAACCUCCAGCCUCGCUCGAGAUCUCUUCUCUUCGAGUCGGUAUUCCUAGUCUCUAUCACCAAUUUGAUCGGACAUACUAACUUUUGAUAUUCAUAUAGACUUACAGCUAUAGCUCAUCUCCAGAAACCCGCAGACAAGUUGGCACCUCAUGUCGAAUUUUAUUAUGUCGAAUUUCUCGAAACAACAAUCUAGUAUUUGCCCCACGUACGUCUUAUCAUGCUCGCUGUAUGCGCCUAAGCUUGAACUGACUUUCUCUAUUUUGUAGCAACGGUCGUCAAACCGUUGGAGAUGGGGCUUUCUCUUCCGACAUGACUCCUAGCGUGCUUGCGGUCUGCCAUAUGCAAGGCACUGACUCCAUGUACUAUUACUCUACUACGUUCUCUGGCGGACCUGGGUGGCGUUUUUGACGUCCCUUUCACGAAAUGCCCUCCUGACCGAGGGUCGUCAGACUGGGUGACAGACAGUCUGACGCCAUCCUUCUCGCCUUCUUCUCCUUCAUCCGACCGCUCAUCCACGCUAUCAUUCGGACCAGAAAAGUUCUCAGACUCUAUCGUAUAUCCACCCACGCCACCUCCCGAGAAAAGCACGUUCGAUGCAGAGUUCCCCUUCCCAAUGGCUGCAGCUCCGAGGGAUAUACCUCGUGCUCCACUCGUUAGCGAACUUCCUACUCCACCGCUCACGCCGGAUGAUGGCGUCGAUGGAGGAGGAAGUGUGUCUGCUAUUAGUGCGAAGCAGUCGAACGCUGCUUUGGACCUUUUGAGCACGCUUUUCCCUCGUAAUGCCCUCAAAGCUCUGCCUUAUGCGAAGAGUGUUACUAUCUCUUCCCCUAAUCUUGGGGAAGCUGUCUUCGAUGGGGUUGUCCUCGAGCUACCCGAUAAGCCCAAGACGUUGUACGUAGACGGGAAAAACGCUGCUCACGUCAGUUUGCGAGAAAGCAUUGUUGCUCUUCUUGAUUUGGCUGACGAACAACUUGGUUGUUCUGCCCUCGUUAUCGCCUUGGACAAGUCAUCUCCUCUGCUCGCCGAGCUCUUGCAUGCCUUGAUGUACGUCGGAGGCACUGUCGUAACCAAUCCGCCUUUCCAAACCGAUCCUGCUUAUGUCCUCGUCGGCAUGGACAUUUAAGGGAAACCCUGAUUAGGUUGAAUUUUCUCAGUUUGUGGUGCAGAGGAUGGUAUUUAGGGGUGUGCAUAAGAGUUUGUGACACUUGUGUUUUCCGAUAAUUUUUCCUUAGCGUUAUGUUUCUCUAACAUCUAUCGCUCUCUGCCCUGAGAUGAGUGCAGGUCUUCUUGAUCUUUGAUAUCUGUUCAUAGUACUACAUUCAAUAUACGUUUUCUCUAUGAUUGUCCUCCCGCUC